ACUCUGAAAAGUCGUGGCAACUGCCCAAAUUCAACAAUUUCAAUUGGUAUCUGUCAACUUGUUUUGUCGCGUGUUUGGGAGGUAUUAGAUAUUGAAGAAUUCAUGUUGGAUAAAAUACCAAAUAUGAAAAUUUAUACCAAUGAAGGAAAUCCGUUUGGAUUUAAAUUACAAUUGUUGGCAAAAUUUGCUAAUAAACCCGUGGAAGUGUUUAAAGUGGCAUUAAAUGAUCCGAUUUGUAAAGAUUUUUUGGUGCUACCCACAGUUGAGUUGAAAAAUGGUUUGAAGUUGUUUUCCACAGAUGCCGUAGCCAAGUAUUUAUUUCCCGAUGAAGGUGCCCUUCGAGAUGAGUGGCUUGAAUGGUCUACCGUUAAUUUAGCGCCUGCUUUGGCCCAACAUUUAGCUAGCGGUCAUCGUGCUAAUCCUGAUGCUCUUCCAGUACUAAAUUUGUUAGUGCGUAAAUUGGAUGAUCGCUUAGCAGAAUCACCCUUCUUAACAGGUGACAAAUUGACUGCGGCAGAUAUUGCUGUAUGGUCAUUGUUGGCACCUGAUGGCACAUUGAAAGGUGCACAAAAUAUUGAGUAUCUCAAAGCUUGGUAUCGCAAGGUAACUGCACUGCCAGAGGUACAAGCGGUAUUAGCUGAAACCCCAUUAGCCGGUCUAACUUUUACCUCACUACUAAACUCCAAUCGGUAUGGUGGUCUGAGCCUUGUGCCCGUACAUGUGCAUUCGGUAUCCGAAUCGGAGAAGUUGUUAGCAGAAACGGCAGGUAGUCUGAGCGAUACAGUCACAGAGGAUGAAUUAAAUAAUGCGCGAAAUAGUUUUGUGCAAGUCUCAGUACCACAGCGUAUCGAGCCACGUACAGUGUUGCCUAAAGUGGGCGAACGUAAUGUUUUGAUAACAUCUGCCUUACCUUACGUCAACAAUGUGCCACAUUUGGGUAACAUUAUCGGCUGUGUCUUAUCGGCGGAUAUUUUUGCAAGGUACUCUCGUGCUGCCGGUUAUAAUACUCUCUUCAUUUGUGGUACUGACGAAUAUGGCACGGCGACUGAAAAUAAGGCACUUGCAGAGAAUCUAACACCAAAACAAAUUUGUGAUAAAUAUUUUGACCUUCACAAUUCUAUUUACCGCUGGUUCGGCAUAGGUUUUGAUUUUUUCGGUCGUACGUCAUCAUCACAGCAAACUGAAAUUGUACAGGAGGCUUUCAAUGACGUUUACAAAAACGGCUAUAUCUUCACGGAAAGUGUUGAACAGUUGAUGUGUGUGAAAUGUGAUCGUUUUCUGGCUGAUCGUUUCGUUGAGGGUACCUGCCCUCAUCUUGGUUGCGGUUAUGAAGAUGCACGCGGCGAUCAAUGCGAUAAAUGUGGUAAACUAGUCAAUGCUACCGAGCUGAUACGACCACGUUGCAAAACUUGCAGCAGCGCGCCUGUGGUACGCUCUACCGAGCAACUUUUCCUCGAUUUACCUAAAAUUGAGCCACAGCUACGUGCGUGGAUGGAAAGUUCCGAAAUGGGGUGGACGAAUAAUGCGCGUGUCAUUGCACGUUCUUGGUUGCGUGAAGGUCUCAAAGCGCGCUGUAUUACUCGUGAUUUGAAAUGGGGUAUACCAGUGCCACUCGCUGGCUUCGAAAAUAAAGUAUUCUAUGUGUGGUUCGAUGCGCCUUACGGUUAUAUCUCUAUGACCAAGCAUUACACCAGCGAGUAUAAGCAGUGGUGGAUACCUGCGAAGGAUGUUAAAGUGGAACUCUUCCAAUUUAUGGCUAAAGACAAUGUACCCUUCCAUUCUGUUGUAUUUCCUUCAUCUUUAUUGGCUACCAAUAAGGGGCACACCAUGGUCACGAAUAUUAUGGCGACCGAAUAUUUGAACUAUGAAGAUGGUAAAUUCAGUAAGAGUCGUGGUAUUGGCGUGUUCGGUAAUGAUGCACAGGAAACUGGCAUUCCGGCCGAUAUUUGGCGUUUCUACUUGGCUUCCGCGCGACCCGAAGGUCAAGAUUCCAGCUUCAGUUGGAAUGACUUGGCAGCGCGUAACAAUUCCGACUUGCUAAACAAUUUGGGCAAUUUUGUUAAUCGUGCACUGGUUUUCUGCGAAAAGAACUUCAAUAGCAUUGUGCCCACCAUGACACUGACCAAAGAUGAACUCGUUUUGUUGGCGCUUAUUAACCGCGAAGUACGUGGCUAUAUUAAUUCACUAGAAAAGGCUAAACUGCGCGACGGUAUACGUCAUAUGCUCUCGAUAUCCCGUCAUGGCAAUGGCUACAUGCAAGCGCAGCAACCUUGGGUGCUGUUAAAGGGCACGGAAGAGCAGAAGGCACGCGCUGCUACCAUAAUUGGCGUGUGCGCUAACAUCGCUGCACUCUUAGCUGAUCUUAUGUUACCAUAUAUGCCAACUAUUGCACGCACUUUAUUCGCGCAAUUGAACACCAAACAGACUCAACUGAAUCCAGACAAACCAUUCAUUAACAUUUUCCUACCAACUGGCCACAAGAUCGGCAAACCAGCGCCGUUAUUCACCAAAUUGGAACAAAGUUUCAUAGACGAGUUGAAAAAGAAAUUUGGCGGUGUACAGGAUCAAAGUAAUGGCAACAAGGCGACACCUGCCAACGCUCCCCAGUCAAAUACCAUCACUGCAAAGCCCGCUGCUUCGCUGCCUAAUGGCACACAAACAGUAGCUCAACUGGAAGAGGCUGUGCGCUUGCAAGGCGAAAAGGUGCGUCAGUUAAAAGCGUCCACAAAAGACAAGGCUGUUUGGCAGCCGGAAGUUAAUGUGCUGUUGGAUCUCAAGAAACAGUUGGCUGCUGCUCAGGCUGCGCCACCAGCUGCAGUAGCGUCCGCACCAGCAGUCGUCGACAAUGCUAAAGCUAAAGAGCUCGAAGAGCGUAUUACGCAACAGGGAGAAAAAGUACGCCAAUUAAAAGCGGCCGGCGAUGCCAGCGUGUGGAAACCCGAAGUCGAAGUCUUGUUAAAACUAAAAGGCGAAUUAGCCACACUCACCGGUGCACCACAGGGUAAAAACAAAAAGAAGAAGUAGAUGUAAUCGAACUUCUGUAUCACCAUCCAACUGAAAACAAAACAAAAAAAUAUCUGAAAUUUUAUAAGAUGCGCAUGUGUGACAUGUGUAUUCAGCAGACGUUAGCUGUUCAUCUCAAACAUUAGUUCAUUUAUACCUAAUUUGAUUGUAACCUCGUUUCAAUUACGCUUUUUUCACCUGAAGGCUUAUAUCCUCAACUCAAAUGGUUGCUUUCUUUUGAUAUUCUUAAUUUAAUUACUACUAAUUAAUUUAUUAAAUUGUGUUGGUUAUGUAAGGCAUUGCAAGUAAUUCAUAAGUUGAUCCAUAGCAUGUACACGCUCUAUUAACAAUGAAAAUAAAUUAUUGAAAAUUUGCUAAAUUAUUUCACUCACA